GUUUCUAUUUCAACCAACGACUCUCAAUAAACCCACCAUGUGACUACCACCUGGAGCAAACAAAGGAGUAAAAGUAAGUGUCUAUGGCGUCAUUUGAAGAAGGCGAUGCUAAAGCUGGUGAGAAUGUCUUCAAAACCAAGUGUGCCUUUUGCCACACCCUCCAGAAAGGCGCCGCCCACAAGCAAGGGCCGAAUUUGAACGGUCUUUUCGGAAGGCAGGCUGGUACCGCAGCAGGGUAUUCUUAUUCUGCUGCCAAUAAGGAUUCGGCUGUUGUCUGGGGAGAGAAUACGCUCUAUGAAUACUUGUUAAACCCAAAGAAGUACAUUCCUGGAACAACGAAGAUGUUUCAUGGACUGAAGAACCCGCAGGAUCGGGCAGAUGUUAUCGCGUAUUUGAAGCAGUCAACUGCUUGAUUUCAUCGAGCUUUUUUCAGCGGAUCUUACUGCCUUGUAGCUCAAGUCAACGGAUGGUCCUUUUUUCCCAGUAAAUAGGCCCAAGAAAAGUACCUGCCUCUUUCAAAUAAAAAUUUCAUGAUGUACAAAUACCAAGAAAUCAAACUUUCACUAAUUUAUUUAUAUUUAAUAAACUAAACUGCUUAAUUUGGGAUUUUGGGUUGUAUAAGCUACUGGUGACCUCUUAUGUUAUUUUAAUUUUAAUGGAUGGAAUUAUGAUACUA